CCAAAUGUUUGGUAUAGAAAGCAAUAGCCUCUCUCUCGCAACAGACCAGUGGCUAUUUCCUUAUUUAGUUAUAUCCAACCAAUAUUUUGAAGAUAAUUGUUUUGAGUUUUUUUUAAAAAUUCAUCUUUAAAGGAGAUGACACGCCUGAUAUCACUCUCAUGAUAUCAAAUGAUCUGCAGCCAACACUACCGUUUCUUUUGAGACCCGACAUGGAUUCCUUCUCAAAUUACAGCUAUUUCCAAAAUGAUACAGAUUACUAUGAAGAGCAGUCUUUUUCUUUAUUUGACAUUCAUAUCCUGGUGCCUGUGACUAUAAUUUCCAGCAUCUUGUUUUUCUUGGGUAUCACUGGGAAUUUGCUAACACUAUUAAUUUUCAAAAGAUACAAGGAAAUGAGGACUACAGUUAACAUGUAUUUAUCCAGCAUGGCGUUGUCUGACAUUCUGAUUUUCCUUGGUCUGCCUUCCGAUUUGUACAGGAUUUGGAAAUACAAACCAUACAUAUUUGGAGACUUUCUCUGCAAAUUUUUAUUUUACCUCAGUGAAACCUGCACAUACUGUACCAUCUUGCAUAUCACCACUUUGAGUGUUGAGCGGUAUUUUGCAAUAUGCUUUCCCUUGAAAGCCAAAACCACCAUCACUAAAUGCAGGGUGAAAAGAGUCAUCCUUUCUUUAUGGGUGUGGGCUCUCCUCACUGCCAGCCCAAUUCUGUUCCUGUUUGGCGUGGAACACCGCAAUGGAAGCCUGCCUGAUGAAGCCAAGGAGUGCAAUUACAUAGAACACUCAGCCCGCACAGGGCUUUUAGAAACAAUGACUUGGGUCUCAACCAUUUAUUUUUUCCUACCGGUGCUUUGCCUGACUCUGCUCUAUGGACUCAUCUGUGGAAAGCUCUGGCGAACCAGGCACAAGCUGAGAGGACCUCAGGCCGCAAGCAGAGAAAAGUACCACAAACAAACUGUCAAAAUGCUAGGUAAGGAUCUGGCUUGAGACCAGGCUAAACAUCUGUAUUUAUAACAAUAGGUCAGACACAAAUUAAAGGUAGAAAGGGGGAGGUGAGACAAAAGGAAAGGAAAGGCCCUUACAGAUUAAAGGCUAGUACAUUUUACUUCGUUUAGUCAUGUUCCUGGGUUUUACUGAGAUACAGGGCCCCAGUUUGAAUGGUGUGUAGGUUGGCCAUAGAAAGAGUUGAACUCAUCGUUUGCUCUGGACUGAUGCAAAGGCAGACUAGCAGCGAAAAGAAACGUAGGAUGUUGCUGAGACUUUUUUUUUUUUUUUUUUUUUUAAAGCAAAUCUGAUCAACCUUGAUUUUGGUGCGUCCAGAGGGGCCUGUGCUCAGCAGUCAUGGUCUGACAGGUAGUUUUUCAAGCCAGCCACUCUCACUUCUCCCAUGGAAAGUUUCAUGUGUCUUAGCAAUUAAACUUUGGGCCACAAUCUAAGCAAAAUCAUAUGUCCAGGCGUAGUUAAACAUUGGUUUUCUUUCCAUUUAAAUCAUGUUUAACAUUUUAGUAGACUCAUUACAGAACCCACUGGUCAGCAUGUGGUGUGUUACCCUCAGUGGCUCAGGAAUAGGGGCUAAGCGUCUGAACCCACAGCAGCAUUUACUACUUUAGUUCCAGCUGUAGUGACUCAUCCUUGAAGCUCUGAAGGUCUCUGGUUCAAUCCCCAGUCAUAACAAGCAGUCAUCAUGAUUUGAUAAAACAAAGGAUUUAUUUGGGUUAAUAACAUUUAAAGCUUCACUCAGCCUGUUCAUUCAUCUCAGGUGAGCAAAAUAGCCACUGCUUGUUGCUGUCAGCAAAAUUCAGUGGGUGCAGAUAUGAACUCUCUGUGCUCACAGUGGAGGCAAAAGCAUUGAUGGCCCUGGCCUCAGUCUGUUCAUAGAUCCUCUAUCAUCCCCCCGUAGCUGUGAAUGGCCCCAACAUUGCCUCCUUUUCCAAGGCUCAAAGUGGAAUCUUGCCUCUUUUCAGCUCCCCCACUUUCUGCAGGAAACACACAGUGAAAUGCAGGACCAUGGAUCCAUGUGGUAGAAUGUACUAACUUCAGAGCUGUGCAUUUUCUCCUUCCAUCAACUGUUAUUGUCCCCAACUUUUGUUUCCCUGUCUAUUAUGGCUUCUAAUAAUUUCUGUCCUCUUUUUCAGUUUUCCUUCCCUGUCUUUCCCUCUUCCCACUUCUUCCUCUAUCUUUUUUAUUGUUCCAUUCAUCUCCCAGAUUUCUUUCACUCCUCUUUUCCAUCUCCUCACUAUCCCCUUCUGUUUGGGCCCACCCAGACAUUUUGUUCCUCUUCUGAUCCCACUCACUUCCCAACUGCUGACCCUGCCCCACUCCCCUGGUAAAUAUUUCACUGACAAGAG